CUUUGUGGUAAAUUGUUUAAAAAUCGUUUGGGUAUAUAUCAUCAUAUGAAAACACAUCGUCGCAAGGAACCUGAUUGUGAUAAAUAUUAUUGUGACUUGCAACGAUUCAUUCCGCAUUGGCAGCGGCAUUACAGUGAUAGCCAGGAAUCGGAUGUGGAUGAAGAUGGACUCGAUGCAACAAUUAAACAAGAAGUUGUCAAGAAAGAGCAGUCUGUAAAAAAGGAAAUUAAAAAAGAAAAGGAAAUCGUGGAGUACAUCGAUGAAGAUCAGGCAUCCUUGAAUUUCGGAGAACAUUACAUUAUUGAAUGUGAUAAUGAUUUCGGACUUGAAGAGGAAAAUGCUGCAUACAAUCAAACAGAGAUCUAUCUUGAGGAUACAAAAGAGAUUGAAGAGGAAAUUGAGGCUGAAUUUCAAAAACCUGAAACCGAAUAUGAUGAGUUAGAUGAAAAUAAUGAAAUUCCAGAAGAUGAAGAUGACGAUUAUCAGAUUGAUAAUGAUGAUGAUGAGCAUAGCAAUUAUAGUAAUAGUGAGGAUACAUUACAAAUCGACGACGAUAGUCAACAGGAUUCAAAUGAAUCGGUCAACAAAAAUAGGAAAAAUAAAUUCAAAGUCAAAUAUAACACCUCCAGAGGCUAUAAAUUCGUACGUGAUUUUUUCACCUCCAAACCAAAUGUCAGAGCAUUUAUCGAGGUAUUCAAAAAUAAGAAAAAUCUCUGGGAAAUUGGAAUGUACACACAACUUUCCAAACAACAAAGAAUUGAUUACCUUGAAGAAAUAUCCACAGAACUUCACAGUAAAAUUAAAGUAAAAUUAACAUUGGAUCAAAUACGUGAUAUUAUUACAUAUUUACGUGCGAAACAUAGAAUUGCAGGCCUGUAUGCCAGUACGGGCAAUAAGACUCCGCCAGAAUGGUUUGUCGAAUAUUUAAGCUUUUUGCCAUCGUCCACUGUUAAUGCCAGCAUCAAUCAACUGGGUACACACACUCUAAAGAAAUCACAAAUUCUACAAAUGCUUGAAAUCUACAAACAAUUUCCAUACUUAUGGGAUAGCGAUUUAGUGGAGUAUGUGUGCAACAACAAACGUGAUGAGGCCCUACAACAAAUGCAAGAAGUCAUACAAACUAAGCUGAAUCUGCAGACGGACAUCAUUGAAUUGAAGCGAUAUAUUAAUGACAUCAACAUGUUUUAUGGCAAACAGAAGCGUUUGGAAAUGAAAAAUGCCGAUCCCGAACAAAUAUCCGAAUAUUAUGAUUGCAUGGAUUAUCUGCGUGAUCAUGUGCCACCGUUUGAAUGUCCAACGUGUAAUAAAAGAAUUGUACAUGCGUUAAGAUUUAGAAUGCAUCUUAACGGUCAUCAGGGCCAAGACGAAACUAUACCAUGUAAGAUAUGUGGCAAACCCUAUGGCAGUGUGGAACCUUAUAUGCAGCAUUGUCGCAGACAUAUGGACGAUUUACCGGUCGAAUGUAAGGAAUGUGGUAAACGAUUUAUACGAGAUGCUGAUUUGCGUUUACAUAUGCGCAUCCACACGGGUGUUAAACCAUAUUGUUGUGAAAUUUGUGGUGCAUCAUUUCGUCACAGCAAUGCCCUGCUGCUACACACCAGACGUCAUAAAAAGUUAUAUUGUCACAGUUGUACCAUAUGCCCAAGGCAAUUCUAUUCGAAGGAUGAGCUGAAUAAUCAUAUGGAUAUACAUAAGGGAGAACGUAAUCGUAUAUGUAAAAUAUGCGGUAAGGGAUAUAAGACAAAGAGUACACUGAAGGCCCACAUACUGACACAUGAAACAGAGCUUAAACAUCCAUGUGAACUUUGUGGUAAAAUGUUUAAAAAUCGUUUGGGUGUAUAUCAUCAUAUGAAGACACAUCGCCGCAAGGAACCACAAUUAAAUUAG